AUGACACAUGAGAAGCAGAAAGGGCUCUUCAAGUGUUGGACGGAUGAGAGAGUGGGUAUUGCAUUGCUGACUGAAGUUAACCUUCAAUGGUCAGCAGUGCCCAGAGGACACAAGUGGUUUGAUUGGGUCAAGUCCUUCACUAACCAGGGACAUUUCUCUUCAGUAUCUUACUACGAACACCAGGAGUUUCCAACUCCCUCGGCGCAUCAAUGGGGCGGAUGUUCUGUUACAUUACUCCACAAGGUCGCGCUCCGUGCAAAGUCAGGCGGCAAAGAUGAGACAGGGCUAGGCAGGUUCUCUUGGAUCAACAUCCGGGGCAGGGACAUCCGACAACAGCAGUCUCAGACUGAUGGGCCCCCGGCUGGUCCUUUAGAUCUUGUGGUGGUCUCUGCAUAUCGUCUGAACACCUGCCAAACCCCAGGGAAAUUUGACAACCAGAGUUCCUCGCGAAGCGAAUUGAUUGUGUUGGUGAAAUGGGAUCUUGAUAGGUAA